AGUUCAGCAACACAUGUUCGAGUGGGCCUUCUCCUACUCUUCGGCCACCCACUUCGUUUACACGCUCACCAGGGACGCGCUCGCGCCGACCAGGUGCGAGUGCACCUGCCCCGCUCCGCCCGCCGCGGCGGAGGUCUGCGAGCCCGUGUUCGACAUCGUCAGGCAGGCGGUCGGGCGCCCCUUGGUGUGCCCCGCGGCGCCAGCCUGCACUUGCGCUGCAGCACCGCCUUGCCCGGAUUGCUCGGGCGAAGCGUCACCCCUUGCAGGCCCGCCGAGCGGCGGGCGGACGGUGCCCCUGGAGUUCGCUGUGAGCUUUAGCUUCUUGUGCCUGCUCCUCGGCUACGUGCUUGGGAGGUGCGGUGGCAUGGCGGCGGUCAAUCGGACUUUAGAUGUGGACGAGCUGCAGAUACUCGACUACUACGAAGACGACGCGGCUGGGCUGCACUACCAUCACCGUGUCUUGUUCACGAAGGUGGCCGCGGGUCGCUGGAUCAUAGGGACCCCAGACGGUGAUGUCUACGAGAAGGACUUCAAUGGGGUCGAGGUGCGGCCGCUGGCUCGGAAUGGGGCCUUCCCAGUGGACCUGGCGGGCAUGAUGUACGUGUUUCGGGGGCCACAGCGAGCUCCUGCUCGGAUCGCCACCAUGCGAGAGCAGGCGCGAGGGAUCGCGGAGGUGCUGGGCGUGGCUCCUGCACCAGGCGCGGCUGGCGUGGCAGGCUCUAGCUGGCGUGUGGCGGAUCCGUCGUCGGCUGAGUUUGAUCAGGUCAUCACUGCUGCUGAGCUCGCCGACUCGACAGAUGAUCGUGACGAUGGUAUCAAGGUUCAGCGGUUGGCACUUAUCAGCGGCAUCACCCAACUGGUCGAGCUAGUGAAGGACUCGGACCACGACGCCUGGCGAGUGCUGCCGCUGUCGAAGGCGAUGGAGCUCGUGACGCCCAAGACGUUCGCAGACUGGCCUCAUCCUGGACCGAAGGCGACCCAGGAGUUCCUCGAGUCGGUGCUCGAGAACGGCGGAGACUUGCAGGUGUGGCUCAACGCGUUCAUGCGCAAGUCUGGGGUCAGCGAGAACUCGUCGGUGGCGCGCGAGCUUCGGAAUCUGGUCCAGAUCGUGAGGCUCGGGAUCAGCUACGACCCAAUCGAUCCGACCAACCUGGCUUGCAUCGAGCAGGCCGUGCGCAGAAUUCACGAAAUCCAGCAGGCCAUCCGUCGGAACCCGAAGCAUCCGAACUUCGCGGGCCUGGACAUCGGCGCCAUCGGGUCUUGCGACGAGAUCGGCGGGGCCCGCCUGCGCAGUUUCGACUCCUGGCUCAGCAACAAGCAGAAGGAGGAGGCCAAGACGAUGGAGGCGAAUGACUUGCACUGCGUUGGCGAGAAGAACCUCGCCCCGUAUCAGCCCGAUCUUCUGAAGAUCGUGAAGGGCAAGACGGUGCCAAAGCCCGCCGUCGACCUGCUGCCGCCUGAGGAGGCGGCGUUCUUGAUUGAUCCUGAUAGGUACCUCGUCCGCUCGCAACCCGAGGUCGAUGCCUGGGAUGAGGAGCACCCGACCUUCAGGCCUUACUGGGACCCCCACUUGCGACAAAAUCGGUCUGCGCGGCUCGACCUCUAUCGCAAGCUCUAUGACGAGGGGCCCUUGGGGUUCAGAACUCGUAUCAAGGCGAAGGUGGGGAUAUUCUUUGUGUGGAAGUCGUCUCGCCGUGGGAUCAGGCUUAUCGUGGGCGCCAGGAUGCCGAACGGCCACCACCGCUUGCCGCUGAAGAUUAGAUUAGGCGGAGCCGGCGCCCUCUCGCAGCUCGACGGCUGGCUUGACCAGGACGAGCUCGCUAGCUUGGCGCAGGGGUGUGGCCCGAUCGCCGAGAUCCCGAACCUCUCCGUCUGCGUAGGUGACGUGGAGGACGCCUUCUACCAGUUUUCCGUUGAGUCGAUGGCUGAGUGGUUCGGCCUAGACUACCCCAUCCGGUGCUCCGAGUUCGGCUUCCCGCAGAUCUUCGACAACGAUCUCGGAAGGCUUCGCCCCGCCCGGCCCACGGAGAAAGUGUUUCCUGUCUUUCUUGGGAUGCCGCAAGGCUGGUCUUGGGCUCUGCACUUCUGCACCACCUCGGCGAAGCACUUCACCUCUGUGGCGAUCGGGGGGAAGCACCGGUUAGUGCAAGAGGGGCUCCCUGCUCCUGAUCUUCGAUUUGGUCCUGUCUCGAGUGUCUUUGUGGAUAACCUUGCCACUGUGGGCCUCUCGAGCUCCGAGGUUUCGUCAGACUACGCAGCGAUCAAAAGGGAGCUUGAGAGCGUGGGGUUCACGUUGCACGAGGAGGGCGGGGACGCACUGCUUGUCGAGAAUGUGGGCAUUGCGAUAGACAAGAGCAGGUGCAGCAUUCGUCACAAGUCAGAGAGGGCUUGGCGGCUGUAUCUUGGAAUAAAGUAUAUUUUGAAGUUGCGUCGGGUGACCGGAGAGGCAGUUCGUGUUUUGCUGGGUCAUUGCAUCCACUACCUUGUCCUCCUGAGGCCGGCGAUGUCUGUCUUUGCCCACGCCUAUCGGUUUGUGAACGACAGCCUCGGACGUACAUGUGAGCUACCUGGUCAGGUGAGGCGUGAGUUCCGCCUGAUGGCGGGGCUCGUUUUCUUGGCAGAGGCACGGCUGUCUGUUCCGCCAUCGGAUCGAGCCUACUGUGGAGACGCGUCAGGGAAGGGAUACGCCGUCAUGGACACCCCCAUGGGCCCCGAGGAGUUCCGAAAGCUUACGAAGUGGAAGGAGCGUUGGCGGUUCGUGGAGGUGGAGGGGGAUCGCGGGGACAUCUUGAAGGCCUCUGGGAACCUGCCGCCCCCGAACCCUGGCUGGUCUGCUGAUCUCGAGGUGCCUGACACGUCAUAUUCGCGGUGGCUUCUGGAGUCUGCCGGGAUACCCACCCCGUCUUCGGGCGUUCUGGAGUCGGGGGGUUUUCGCUCGGGAGUCUGUGAACUACGAAGUAAAGAACGUAGACAGCUAGAGCAGAAGGAGAUAGUUGGCAUGGUCCCGAUCCUCCCCGAGAGCGUUGUCGAGCCUGGUCGCUGGCGUACUUUAUUCGAGGGGAGAUGGAAGAGGGACGAGGCCAUCCAUAUGAAGGAGGGGAGGGUGAUUCUGAUGGCGCUCCGCAGAGAGUCCUACACUCGUUCAGGUCAUGGACGUCGACUCCUCGGGCUGUCUGAUAACCUCUCGUCGCUGUGCUGUCUCGAGAAGGGCCGAGCUAGAGACUUCGGCCUGCUUGCCUUAGCCCGCAGGUGCGCCGCCUACUCGAUUGGACGCGGCAUCGACCUGAGGAGAUUCACUGGAUCUGAAAAAGAGCACCUCUCGGUCUGCAUCGUCAUGUCAGUGGGCCUCAGGGUGUCCGUGCCGUUCGAUAUCGCCGAGGGUCCGGAGUUCAAUCUCGAGAAGCGGGGAGUCCAGGACGUCGUGGUCAGGUGGCUCACCGAGGGCCGCAUCUGGCGCCUGGGGCACGGGCCCAACUUGCCGCUGCGCGUGCUCAACGUCUCGGAGCGGAAGGCCUACACGGAGGCCAACAACAAGUUCGUUGCCUUCGCCCGCCGCAGUGGGCUGCCGUUGGACACCGCUGAUCACGUUGAGGUGGCGCUUGAGAGGUUCAUGGAGCAGUUGUUCUUGAGUGGAGAGCCGCAGUCAGUAGCCCGCUCCGCCCUGCAUGGCUUCGCGUGGUGCCAUCCUGAGAUGCCUCGGAGGCUCUACAUCAGGAGCCGCGCCGCGCUCGCUGGAUGGCGAAACCUUGAGCCGGGCGGGGCGCGCGAUCCAGCCCCUCUCGAGAUUGCGUGGUGGAUCGCUGACGACAUGCUCCAGCAAGGUCUGGCGCUAGCCGCUUUUUUAGUCGUCCUGUGUUUCGACUGUUAUCUGCGGCCUGGCGUAGGCCAGCCCUCGAAGACCAGCGCCUACGAUGACAGCAUCGUGGUCGGCGAGGCCCAUGCGGACCGCAGUCGGCGCCAGCGGUCCCUGUCCGCUAGGCGCCCGCGGCCACUCGGCCCAGACCUCGCCUCCGCGGCCGAGGGCCGCGAGAUGGCGGCGGAAGACGACGCGCCCAGGGCGCGCGCAGGCCGCAGUGGCGGCCAGGAGGCCGCAGCGGCGGCCGAGGAGGACUCGGACGAUUGGGCGCAAGAGGGCCGCAGUGGCGGCCAGGAGGAGGGGAAGUGGUGGGGUGGCCCGCGGAGCGGCUGGGACAGCUGGAAGGGCUGGGACAACGGGCGGUGGGAGACGCGAGACUGGUGGGUUGCGCGACAGGAGGCCGAGCGCGAGGGGGAGCCUGCUCGUGGGGCAGUGAACCACUGCCCGCUCGAGCAGCUGAGGGGCGAACGUGCCGCCCCUGAGCGCGACGCAGCCCCGCCGCAACGCCCAAUGCAGUUGCGCCUCUGGGGGCCCCCACCGCCCGCAGAGAUGCCCAGGGAGCGCUCGCGAGACAGAGCCCCUGUCGCCGAGGUCGGGCAAGAGAGUGCCGCAGUGGCGGCGCCCGCAAGGGCGGUCGACCUACGUGUUUUCGAAAGUCGCCCGAUCACGGCCUCGCACCGCCAGCGCAACGCUGCGCUGAAGUGGCUGCGCCGUGCGGCCGAAACCACAGGAGGAGAUGUCGUCUGUGAGGCAACCGUGCAGAUCGACUUCUGGGGCGGCGAGGAAGUCUCGUUGACCUGGCUGGAGAUGAUCGCUCAGAUGAGUCCAGAAACUAGGGCGCAGGACAACUACGACUUCGCGGUCUACCGCAGGGACUUGUCGGUUGUCCGCUUCCACCCCGACUGGAAAACCAAGGAAUUCGACCUGUGCGAGGCGGACCCGCGCGCAUCUACCGUGCCUCCACCCAGGGAUGGCUGCGGCGGCAGUAAUGGCGCUGGCACGUACCAGUGCUACAAGCACCUCGACAGGGCGGGGACUGGCAGGUUCGACAGGGAGCGCGGCAACGGGACGCCUCCAGGCGACUUGGGCUACCAGUCGGGCCGCAACCAGUGA